AUGAGCUACACACCGAUUCAGUCGCCAUCUCCAUCAACAUCGACAUCGUCGCAGUGCAGCAUUGUGCUUGGCCGCCCUCCACUUGGAUGGCAAAAGAAGUUGAUGCUGUCACUGAAGAAUGAUACAAUCGACCAACCUGAGACUCGUUUCGGUAGUUUUGCUCCAUCUUCUGAGGAGACGAGCCCCUUAUCUCCUACAAAUGCUGUUACUGCCAACCGGAAGAAUCACGGCCAGCAUAGAUUUGCAUUAGAAUCAUCGCCUUCACCAACAAGAAGCGACAGCGAAAACUCGCUCUUGAACGCAGUAGUCCCGGCCAAUGCGAAAGAGCACAUAAUGGCGGCUGCAACUUCGCAACAACUUCCCACAGAUUCAAGAAUGUGGUUCCAGCGACCAGCUGCCAUGACCAGUACGGUGUCCAUCGUGGCGAACGUUUCUCGUGAUUGGCUUUAA